GCGGGGGCGCGCCGGCCGCUCCAGCUGCGAGUCCGCCCGCCGCCCUCGGCCGCGCCGCCGCCAUGGCCCGCCUGACCGAGAGCGAGGCGCGCCGGCAGCAGCGGCCCUCGCCGGUGGGCCCCGAGCCCCCCGGGCCGCAGCCGGACGGCGCCAAGGACCUGGACGCUAUCAAGCUCUUCGUGGGCCAGAUCCCCCGCAACCUGGACGAGAAGGACCUGAAGCCGCUCUUCGAGCAGUUCGGGCGCAUCUACGAGCUCACGGUGCUCAAGGACCCCUACACGGGCCUGCACAAAGGUUGUGCCUUUCUUACCUACUGUGCCCGGGACUCCGCCAUCAAAGCUCAGACCGCCCUGCAUGAACAGAAGACCUUGCCCGGGAUGGCGCGGCCAAUCCAGGUGAAGCCUGCGGACAGCGAGAGCCGUGGAGGUAGGGACCGGAAGCUGUUUGUGGGGAUGCUAAACAAGCAGCAGUCGGAGGAGGACGUGCUGCGGCUGUUCCAGCCCUUCGGGGUCAUCGAUGAGUGCACAGUGCUCCGGGGGCCAGAUGGCAGCAGCAAAGGCUGUGCUUUUGUGAAGUUCUCAUCCCACACAGAGGCCCAAGCGGCCAUCCACGCCCUUCAUGGCAGCCAAACCAUGCCGGGCGCCUCGUCCAGUCUGGUGGUCAAGUUUGCGGACACGGACAAGGAGCGGACUCUGAGACGCAUGCAGCAGAUGGUGGGACAGCUGGGAAUCCUGACCCCGUCUCUCACCCUGCCCUUCAGCCCCUACAGUGCCUACGCCCAGGCUCUCAUGCAGCAGCAGACAACCGUCCUGUCCACCUCGGGCAGCUACCUGAGCCCUGGCGUGGCCUUCUCGCCUUGCCACAUCCAGCAGAUUGGUGCCGUCAGCCUUAACGGGCUGCCUGCCACGCCUAUCGCCCCCACCUCUGGAUUGCACUCACCACCGCUGCUUGGCACUGCUGCUGUGCCCGGCCUCGUGGCCCCCAUUCCCAAUGGUUUCGCGGGGGUGAUGCCAUUUCCUGGUGGGCACCCAGCCCUUGAGACCGUCUAUGCCAAUGGCCUCGUGCCCUACCCAGCUCAGAGCCCUACGGUGGCUGAGACCCUCCAUCCUGCCUUCUCCGGAGUUCAGCAGUACACAGCCAUGUACCCCACUGCGGCCAUCACGCCCAUCGCCCACAGCGUCCCCCAGCCGCCGCCCCUCCUGCAGCAGCAGCAGCGAGAAGGUCCCGAGGGCUGUAACCUGUUUAUCUACCACCUCCCUCAGGAGUUUGGAGACACGGAGCUGACCCAGAUGUUCCUGCCCUUCGGCAAUAUCAUCUCCUCCAAGGUGUUCAUGGAUCGAGCCACCAACCAGAGCAAAUGUUUUGGAGCCGGCCGGAGCUCAGAGGACGACCACCCUGCCCACCUUCGCGGCCCCACCCCGGUCUCUGCAGGCUUCGUGAGUUUUGACAACCCGGCCAGCGCGCAGACGGCCAUCCAGGCCAUGAACGGCUUCCAGAUCGGCAUGAAGAGGCUCAAGGUGCAGCUGAAGCGUCCCAAAGACGCGGGACACCCCUACUGACCCCCCACAGCCGCCCUGAGGCUGCGGGCUGGGCCCAGGUGAGGGGCGUCCCCACCCGGAGGGUUUCUGCUUCCCGCCGACCCUGGACAUUUCUGUAAAUGAAGCCGAGUUUGGACACCAGCCCCCCGCCCCCACCCCCACCCCCACUCCCGCCCCCCCCCGCCGCUGUCUCC